AUGCAGACUCACCUGUGUAGCCUGUACUGUGGGGUGGAUGCUUGGAAAAGAUGCUCUCCCUUCCCUCUCGCUCUGUGUCUCUCUCUCUCUCUCCUCCCUGCCACUCCUUGCAGCUCUGCUCAUCUUCCCCACACAAGGCACAGCCUGUGCUCAGACCUUACCACUCUACCAAUGGCUAAGCUCACCCCCCCACCCCCCGUUCCUCUCCUCUGUAUUGGCCAAAUCUCCUCAAAUAAAAUGUAUGCCCCGCCUUCUCAUUAGCACCCAGCAGCAGCUCCCACCCACGUGAUGAAUCAUUUAUGAGUCACACCAACGGGCCCGCUCUGAUUGGCUUGUCUCCAGAAACAGGCCUUACAGCUGAAGCCAAUGACGCAGAGCCACUAGAGUAGGGCCUGAAAUGGAACCCUAUCUAGUGCCCUUAUACCCCCUAUCUAGUGCCCUUAUACCUCCUAUCUAGUGUCCUUAUACCCCCUAUCUAGUGCCCUUACACCCCCUAUCUAGUGCCCUUAUACCCCCUAUCUAGUGCCCUUAUACCUCCUAUCUAGUGUCCUUAUACCCCCUAUCUAGUGCCCUUAUACCUCCUAUCUACAUUUACAUUUUACAUUUUAGUCAUUUAGCAGACGCUCUUAUCCAGAGCGACUUACAGGAGCAAUUAGGGUUAAGUGCCUUGCUUAAGGGCACAUCGACAGAUUUUUCACAUAGUCGGCUCGGGGAUUAGAACCAGCGACCUUUCGGUUACUGGCACAACGCUCUUACCCACUAAGCUACCUGCCGCCCAUAUCUAGUGUCCUUAUACCCCCUAUCUAGUGCCCUUAUACCCCCUAUCUAGUGCCCUUAUACCUCCUAUCUAGUGCCCUUAUACCUCCUAUCUAGUGCCCUUACACCCCCUAUCUAGUGCCCUUAUACCCCCUAUCUAGUGCCCUUAUACCCCCUAUCUAGUGCCCUUACACCCCCUAUCUAGUGCCCUUAUACCCCCUAUCUAGUGCCCUUAUAACCAUAUCAGACACAGGGGGAAUGGCACUUCGGAGCUUCUGCUACAGAGUUUUUUUUAAUCUUCUUCCACAAUAACAAUAAAAUCACAACGUUAUUGGAUUAGUACAAUGUGCUUUUGACCUAUAUGAGUCUCUGUUGAAUAACUGCUAUUGUUGGACAACAUGUAUAGCAAUUAAUUAACUCAUAGAUUCUGAUCGUGAUCUUUAUUUGAGCUGGUAAUUAUGAUAUAGUUUUAUCUGACCAGUUUUGUCUCUGUCUCUGUCUGUCCUCUCUCUCCCUCUCCCUCUCUUUCUCUUUCUCUUUUCUCUUUCGCUUUUCUCUUUCUCUUUCUCUCCUCUCUCUUUUUCUCUUUUCCCUCUGCCUCCCCCACUUCCCCCCCCCUCUCUCUCUCUCUUCCUCCCUCUCGUCCUCCCUCUUCCCUCUCUCUCUCCCUCUUCCUCGUCCCUCUCCUUCGCACGUCUUUUCUCUCUCUUUCUCUUUCUCUCUCCCUCUCCACCUCCCCCCCCCCCCCCCCCUCUCUCUCUCUCUCUCUCUUUCUCUCUCCCUCUCCCCCCUCCCCCCCUCUCUCCCUCUCUCCCCAUCUCCCUCUCCAGACACCAGUAAUGGUAACUUUAACCUGAAGGCUCUAACAGGCAGCUCUGGCUACAAGUUUGGUUGCCUGGCGAAGAUAGUCAACUACAUGAAGGUAAGGUGGACACCCACACACACACACACACAAUACAUGGAUGGUGCCAUUGACGUGGCAUUUCAAUCACAUAGCAGAUGCUCUUGUCCAGAGUGACUAACAGUAGUGAGUGCAUUCGUUGUUCAUACUGCUGGAGCCCACGAGCAUCAUGCUCUUACCAGCUGAGCUAAACAGCACCACACAUGCUACAGGAUCCUACAGUGACAUAAACACUGUAGUAAUGAUAUGUUGUCAUAAAGGUUGUUUAGUGGCGUGUGAUUGGUGUGAUUGGUGAGCUCCUCCCUCAACAGUCUAAGCCAUCAUCACCAUUAAACCACUUCCCCCUUCUCUCCUCCAAACCCUCCAUCCCGGUCUCAAGGGGUUCAUUGGGAUGUUACUUCCUGCCUCAACAGUUUGCUUCUCCCCUCCUCCUUUAGUUAGUCCAACAUGUUUCAUGUUCAGCUCUGCUCUGGGACAGUACCUCUGUCAGACUGGGUGCUUUUUCACACCAAACUAUGACUCAUCACAAUCUACAUAAUGUUCACAGAUUGUGUGUUGGUGUGCGAGCCUGUGUGUGUGUGUGUGUGUGUGUGUGCUCUAAGUCUUUUCACAGUGCUGAAGCUACCUUGUUUUGACUCAGUCGAUGCAGACAAGCUGCCGUGACACAGAUGACUUCUGUUAAGCAUCAUGUGACCAACCAAUAAUAAAAACGUCCUGGAUUCUGAGUUCCGUCCUUCUCUGUCCGGUGGUUAGACUACUACCACGUUGAAUUGAAGGAGUUUAGAAACGUUCCUCCUGGCUAUUAGACCACACCAGCCCGGGUGUUGUUCAGCUCCUAAAUGCCAUACUUGAGAAGUCAACAUUUCACUGGCGGGUCUAGUUUGUCACAAUUUCCUGCAAGCCCAAACUGAAAGCCUUUGGCUAUCAGAUUAGCUUCAUUUCACAUCCCCCUGAGUCUCACAAUAGCUCAUGUAUUUCUCUCUGUUCCUUCCUGUCCUCCAGACCAGACACCAGCGCGGAGACACUCACCACCUGACUGUGGAGGAGAUUCUAGAUGAGACCAAACUACUGGACAUCGGCAUGAAGCAGAAACAGUGGCUGAUGACUGAGGUGUGUGUUGGGACGUUCACAUGUUAUCAUGAAGCUGAAACAGUGGUUGAUGACUGAGGUGUGUGUUGGGGGCGUUCACAUGUUAUCAUGAAGCUGAAACAGUGGCUGAUGACUGAGGUGUGUGUUGGGGGCGUUCACAUGUUAUCAUGAAGCUGAAACAGUGGCUGAUGACUGAGGUGUGUGUUGGGGCGUUCACAUGUUAUCAUGAAGCAGAAACACUGGCUGAUGACUGAGGUGUGUGUUGGGGGCGUUCACAUGUUAUCAUGAAGCUGAAACAGUGGUUGAUGACUGAGGUGUGUGUUGGGGGCGUUCACAUGUUAUCAUGAAGCUGAAACAGUGGGCUGAUGACUGAGGUGUGUGUUGGGACGUUCACAUGUUAUCAUGAAGCUGAAACAGUGGGCUGAUGACUGAGGUGUGUUGGGGGCGUUCACAUGUUAUCAUGAAGCUGAAACAGUGGUUGAUGACUGAGGUGUGUGUUGGGGGUGUUCACAUGUUAUCAUGAAGCUGAAACAGUGGUUGAUGACUGAGGUGUGUGUUGGGGGUGUUCACAUGUUAUCAUGAAGCUGAAACAGUGGUUGAUGACUGAGGUGUGUGUUGGGGGUGUUCACAUGUUAUCAUGAAGCUGAAACAGUGGCUGAUGACUGAGGUGUGUGUUGGGGGCGUUCACAUGUUAUCAUGAAGCUGAAACAGUGGGCUGAUGACUGAGGUGUGUGUUGGGGGCGUUCACAUGUUAUCAUGAAGCUGAAACAGUGGCUGAUGACUGAGGUGUGUGUUGGGACGUUCACAUGUUAUCAUGAAGCUGAAACAGUGGCUGAUGACUGAGGUGUGUGUUGGGGCGUUCACAUGUUAUCAUGAAGCUGAAACAGUGGCUGAUGACUGAGGUGUGUGUUGGGGGCGUUCACAUGUUAUCAUGAAGCUGAAACAGUGGCUGAUGACUGAGGUGUGUGUUGGGGGCGUUCACAUGUUAUCAUGAAGCAGAAACAGUGGCUGAUGACUGAGGUGUGUGUUGGGGGCGUUCACAUGUUAUCAUGAAGCUGAAACAGUGGCUGAUGACUGAGGUGUGUGUUGGGGGCGUUCACAUGUUAUCAUGAAGCUGAAACAGUGGCUGAUGACUGAGGUGUGUGUUGGGGCGUUCACAUGUUAUCAUGAAGCUGAAACAGUGGCUGAUGACUGAGGUGUGUGUUGGGGCGUUCACAUGUUAUCAUGAAGCUGAAACAGUGGUUGAUGACUGAGGUGUGUGUUGGGGCGUUCACAUGUUAUCAUGAAGCUGAAACAGUGGUUGAUGACUGAGGUGUGUGUUGGGGGCGUUCACAUGUUAUCAUGAAGCUGAAACAGUGGGCUGAUGACUGAGGUGUGUGUUGGGGGCGUUCACAUGUUAUCAUGAAGCUGAAACAGUGGCUGAUGACUGAGGUGUGUGUUGGGGGCGUUCACAUGUUAUCAUGAAGCUGAAACAGUGGCUGAUGACUGAGGUGUGUGUUGGGGGCGUUCACAUGUUAUCAUGAAGCUGAAACAGUGGCUGAUGACUGAGGUGUGUGUUGGGGGCGUUCACAUGUUAUCAUGAAGCUGAAACAGUGGCUGAUGACUGAGGUGUGUGUUGGGGGCGUUCACAUGUAAUCAGAGUUAUGGGAAGUUAGGAGUUGCGAGUGGGAAAUGUCACUUCAAUGACAGUCCAAGUUGUAAUCACGAGUGGGGAACUGAGAAUGUUACCUGAGUUGUAUAAUUUCACCUCUGACCUUUCACCUUUUCAAUAGAUGAGGACAAUAACAAACUUACCAAUGUGAAUAAUGUAAAUCGUUUGACCAUAUUGUCAAUGUUAAGCAAGCUAGCUCAUUUUAUUAUUAGCAACGUUAGCUAGCUAAAAUCGUAUUGGUUGAAGAAUUGGUGUGAUUUCAACAGCAUGUGAACGGCAAUGUUUGAGUUCCCACCUCCCACAAGCACCUGCAUGCCCCAUGUGUGUCUGUGAAAGAGAGGGAGAGAGAAUCUGGUCACACAAUAAAUACAUGCAUCAGAAACAACAGUGUGCUAAAUGAUAAUGAUCAAUUCCUCCUCGUCCUUCUUCUUCCUCCUCCUCCUCCUCAUCCAAACUAUUGUCCUCAUUAUUCUUAUCAUAAAACAUAUUUUUAGAAACUAUCCUCUACCCCUCCUCUACCUAUCUAUUAUUAACAUACCAUAACUCUCUCCCCGGGCCAAUCCCUCUCUGUAUUCCCCCUCCCCCUCCUCUUCCCCGGGCCAAUCCCUCUCUGUAUUCCCCUCCCCCUCCUCUUCCCCGGGCCAAUCCCUCUCUGUAUUCCCCCUCCCCCUCCUCUUCCCCGGGCCAAUCCCUCUCUGUAUUCCCCCUCCCCCCUCCUCUUCCCCGGGCCAAUCCCUCUCUGUAUUCCCCCUCCCCCUCCUCUUCCCCGGGCCAAUCCCUCUCUGUAUUCCCCCUCCCCCUCCUCUUCCCCGGGCCAAUCCCUCUCUGUAUUCCCCCUCCCCCUCCUCUUCCCUGGGCCAAUCCCUCUCUGUAUUCCCCCUCCCCCUCCUCUUCCCUGGGCCAAUCCCUCUCUGUAUUCCCCCUCCCCCUCCUCUUCCCCGGGCCAAUCCCUCUCUGUAUUCCCCCUCCCCCUCCUCUUCCCCGGGCCAAUCCCUCUCUGUAUUCCCCCUCCCCCUCCUCUUCCCCGGGCCAAUCCCUCUCUGUAUUUCCCCUCCCCCUCUCCUUCCCUGGCCCAAUCAAUCUCAUUAUCCCCCCCCCCCCUUCUCCUCCUCUUCCCCGGGCCAAUCAAACAACAGUGUUUUGAGACCAAUGUAAAUAAAGUUGAACUAAAUGUGACUUGGCUAACCCUCUGUCCCGUCCCCCCAGGCGCUGGCCAGUAACCCUAAGAUAGAUGUGAGGGAUGGUAAAUACGCCUUCAAGCCCAAAUACCACCUGAAGGACAAGAGAGCGUUGCUCAGACUGUUGGAUAAACACGACCAGCUGGGACUGGGAGGAGUACUGUUGGAUGAUGUUGAGGAGGGGCUACCUAACUCUGCCAAGGCACUGAAGGUGUGUGAGAGGUCCCUGGGGCGGCAGGUAGCUUAGUGGUUAAGAGUGUUGUGAAGAAAUCUGUCGAUGUGCCCCUUGAGCAAGGCACUUAACCCUAAUUGCUCAUGUAAGUCGCUCUGGAUAAGAGCGUCUGCUAAAUGACUAAACAUGUAAAUGAGAGAGACAGGGGAAGACCCACACACACACACACACACACACACACACAUAUACAUAUACACACACACACAGACACACACACACACACACACACACAGACCCACACACACACACACACACACACACAGAGAGAGAGACGCUAAGGCAGGACACACACACUGAGGCAGACACAUAGACACAAAUACACACAUUACUAUUACCUGGUUUAAUCCUCACCCUCUGGUUGGCGAUGGUAUUAUUGAGUCAGACGUAGUUGACGAUAGUAUUAUUGAAUCAGACGUAGUUGGCGAUAGUAUUAUUGAGUCAGACGUAGUUGACGAUAGUAUUAUUGAGUCAGACGUAGUUGACGAUAGUAUUAUUGAGUCAGACGUAGUUGACGAUAGUAUUAUUGAGUCAGACGUAGUUGACGAUAGUAUUAUUGAAUCAGACGUAGUUGACGAUAGUAUUAUUGAAUCAGACGUAGUUGACGAUAGUAUUAUUGAAUCAGACGUAGUUGACGAUAGUAUUAUUGAGUCAGACGUAGUUGACGAUAGUAUUAUUGAGUCAGACGUAGUUGACGAUAGUAUUAUUGAAUCAGACGUAGUUGACGAUAGUAUUAUUGAAUCAGACGUAGUUGACGAUAGUAUUAUUGAAUCAGACGUAGUUGACGAUAGUAUUAUUGAAUCAGACGUAGUUGACGAUAGUAUUAUUGAGUCAGACGUAGUUGACGAUAGUAUUAUUGAAUCAGACGUAGUUGACGAUAGUAUUAUUGAAUCAGACGUAGUUGACGAUAGUAUUAUUGAGUCAGACGUAGUUGACGAUAGUAUUAUUGAAUCAGACGUAGUUGACGAUAGUAUUAUUGAAUCAGACGUAGUUGACGAUAGUAUUAUUGAGUCAGACGUAGUUGACGAUAGUAUUAUUGAAUCAGACGUAGUUGACGAUAGUAUUAUUGAGUCAGACGUAGUAACGGCCUCUGUUCCUCCCCAGGUUUUGGGAGACCAGAUCAUCUUUGUGACCAGACCAGACAAGAAGAAGAUUCUGUUCUAUAACGAUAAACACUGCCAGUUCACAGUAGACGAAGGUGAGAGCGUUGGCAUGGUUUCUCUACCUUAAUUAUUUGUUUGUGCUCGUGGUAAAUGAGAGAGUGAGAACAUUGUUAUGGUCUCUUUUGUUUAGUUCUCUGUAGAAGGUGAGAAUAUAAUGUGAAUUAGAACUAGAGCGUUGGUAUGGUCUCUCCCUUAAUUUAGUUUGUGGUGGUUGAAGAUGAGAGCAUCUGUAUAGUUUCUCCCCAUUUUAAAUCUCUGUUGAAAAGCUGAGCAUUGGUAGGGUUUCUCUCCUGUCUUCCAACGUAGAAUGUGAAAGUGUUGGUACAUUUCUCCCUUCAUUAUCAGUUUGCAGUAGAUGCAGAUGAGAGCGUUGGUAAGGUCUCUCUCCCUUAUUUCAAUUCAAUUAGCUUUAUUGGCAUGAAAUACAUUCUGUAAAUAUCGCCAAAGCUUUUCAAAAAACUGUUUUUAUAAGUCUAAAGUAAUAAAGUCUAAGGUAAUAAAGCCUAAAGUACAACUGCAUAAAGUCACUUAGUUCUCUGUAGGAAGUGUGAGCACUGGUACGGUUUCUCUCCCUUUGCUUAGUCGAAUUUCAUUCUUUGAAUAGAAAUGGUCGUCCAGAGGUUAGAGUUAUGAGCUCAUGCUCCUCCUGGUUAGAUCCACACAGUUUAGAUAUAUAGUACUCAGAACUUUGUAUCCAGACAUAUAAUCAUGCAUUCAGUAGCUCAGAUUGGUAUCCAGACAUUAAUCAUGUCAUUCAGUACUGAACUUGUAGUCAGACAUAAUCAUGUCAUCAGUAGUCAGAACUUUGUAGCAAAUUAUCAUGUCAUUCAGUAUCAGAACUUAGUCAGAAUGAAUCAUGUCAUCAGAACUUAGUCCAGACCAAUAAUCAUGUAUUCCAGAACUUUGUGUCCGACUAUAACAUGCUCUGUCAGAACUUGUGCUCAAAAUAACAUGUCAUUCCAUCAGUUUGUAGCCAGACUUAUAAUAUGUCAUCAGAACUUUGUAGUCCAGACAUAUAAUCAUGUCAUUCAGUACUCAGAACUUUGUAGUCCAGACAUAUAAUCAUGUCAUUCAGUAGUCAGAACUUUGUAGUCCAGAUAUAUAAUCAUGUCAUUCAGUACUCAGAACUUUGUAGUCCAGACAUAUAAUCAUGUCAUUCAGUACUCAGAACUUUGUAGUCCAGACAUAUCAAUCAGGUCCAUUCAGUACUCAGAACUUUGUAGUCAGACCUAUAAUCAAAGUCAUUCAGUACUCCGAAUUGUAAGUUCCAGACAUAUAAUCAUGUCAUUUAGUACUCAGAACUUUGUAGUCCAGACAUAUAAUCAUGUCAUUCUGAUUUUUUAUUUGAUGUUUGUUUUGCUUUUUUAGCGUCUUGAAAUGUGUUUACUUGUAUGUACUGCAAUUCAUAUUUUAUCUGCCAAGUACGACCUACUUGUAAAAAUGUAAUUACUACUACUAUUGUCCUACCUGAGCUAAUGGUAUCCUGUCUGUGUUUCCUGGUCUGCCGUCCACAGAGUUCACCAAGCUGUGGCGUAGCAUCCCAGUGGACUCUAUGGAUGAAGAGAAGAUUGAGGACUAUCUGAAGAGACAGGGCAUCUCGUCCAUGCAGGAGACUGGACCAAAGAAAGUCGUAAGUCUCUCUCUCUACCUCUUUCCAUCUCUCUCUCUACCUCUCUCUCUCUCUCUCUACCUCUCUCUCUCUAUUUCUGUCUCUCUAUCACAUAGCUGGGACGAUAAGCCGAAAAUUUUCGUGACGACCAAACAGAACAGAUAUCGAGGACAUAUGGAUAAUUAUCCUUUACUAGAGGAAUGUGAUGUUUGGUCGUUUGGCUACUAAUAUGGGCUAUUUGUUAACGAGACAGUUGCUAAGCUACAACAUUCAAACUAGAAGUAGUAGGUUGAAAGGUCAUAUAUAAAGUAAUUGAGGGGCACAUUCAUGUUAUAAACUUCUAUUUAUCGUGAUAAUUCAGUCAAUUUAUGGUGAUAUGGAUUUUUGUCUGUAUCUCCUAGCUCUAUCACUCUCUCUCCAUCUAUCUUAUCCUAUCACUCUCCAUCUAUCUCUCUCUCCAUAUUUCUCAGCUUGUCUCUCUCCUCUCCUCCCUCUCUGAUACCUCUGUCAUCCUCCCCUCCCUCUCUGAUACCUCUGUCAUCCUCUCCUCCCUCUCUGAUACCUCUGUCAUCCUCUCCUCCCUCUCUGAUACCUCUGUCAUCCUCUCCUCCCUCUCUGAUAACUCUGUCAUCCUCUCCUCCCCUCCCUCUCUGAUACCUCUGUCAAUCCUCUCUCCCCCUCUCUGAUACCUCUGUCAUCCCUCACCCCCUCUCUGAUACCUCUGUCAUCCUCUCCUCCCUCUCUGAUACCUCUGUCAUCCUCCCCCUCCCUCUUGGAUACCUCUGUCAUCCUCCACUCCCUCUCUGAUACCUCUGUCCAUCCUCCCCUCCCUCUCUGAUUACCUCUGUCAUCCUCUCCUCACCCUCUGAUACCUAUGUCAUCCUCUACUCCCUCUCUGAUACCUCUGUCAUCCUCCCCUCCCUCUCUGAUACCUCUGUCAUCCUCCCCUCCCUCUCUGAUACCUCUGUCAUCCUCCCCUCCCUCUCUGAUACCUCUGUCAUACUCUCCUCCCUCUCUGAUACCUCUGUCAUCCUCCCCUCCCUCUCUGAUACCUCUGUCAUCAUAUCCUCUCCUCCCUCUCUGAUUCCUCUGUCAUCCUCAUACUGAGUACUGACACACUGCUUCAUGCAUAUCACAUAACUUAUCUGUGAUUGGUUGUUUCUACAAUAAACCGGUCUGUCAUUGGCUGUUUUGUUGGUGUUGCUACAGUUACCAAUCAAGAGGAAGAAGCCAGGUGGACAGAAGAAGAGACGCUUCAAGACUCACAAUGACCAUCUGGCCGGAGUACUGGAGGACUACUCAGAGGGCGUACCCGCUAAGAAGUGAUGCCACUUCCUCUUUCCUGGCCCAGUAAGAGAGGGGUGACCUGGGAGUUGUAGUUUUUGUAGUUUGUUUUUCCGGAAAUAAACUUUUUUUCUGGGUCUCGCCAAAACUACAAUGAAGAUGAGACUGUCGGUGUCUCAAUUAUCUUGCUUCCUUUCCUUGUCCUUUCCUUGUCCUUUCUGCCCUGAUAAAGGAGAGGAGAUGAGGAAAGGAAGCCAUUUUGGAACAUUGAGACACAAGAUGGCUGACAGAAGUGAAGUCCUUGCCAAACACAUUAACCUAAAGAGGCACUUGCUGUCAUUUAUGAUAAUACUGUACCAUUUGGUUCUGAGCAGUAAUACAAAAGGUGAACGGCUUAGGGUAGCAAAAAUUCCGGUAACUUUCCCAGAAUUCACAGGUUUUCCAGAAAUCCCAGUUGGAAUAUUCCUGUAAUGACAAAUUCCCUGGAAUCUGGUAAUACUCCAACGGGGAUGUCUGGAAAACAUUGGGAAUUUCGGGAAAGGUACCGGAAAUGUGUAACCCUAGAAUGGGGCUGUAUGUGUAAAUAUCUUCUUUAUUUUGUCUGGCACACCAUGUGUGUGAAAAAGUGUUUUAAAUAAUAGCUGUCGUAUGAUCUGCUGUGGUUGUUCCCUAUAUUCAUUUACAACAGUGGUCACCAAUGGCAACCCUGGUCCUGGAGAAAUACAGGUUGUGCAGGGUUUUGCUCCAGACCUGCACAAACACUCCUGAUUCAGCUAAAGAACUCGUAGAAUCUGCAAUGUUUACUCAAGACAAACACUAGCCUGGUCCCAGAUCUUUGUGCUAUCAUUCCAAAACGACAUGACAAGGAGUUGACAUAAUAGCAGAUUUGGGACCAGCGCUAGACAAACACCCCACUCCCAUAGAAACUCUUCGUGCCGGCAUACCUAUAUACUACUCAGCUAAUAAACUGUUCAUCAAGACUUUUUGAUUAGGUGAAUCGGGUGUGUUAGUGCAGGGCUAGAACAAAAGCCUACACAUCCUGUAGCUCUCUAGUUCCUGGUUUGUUGGUGACCGCUGGCCUCUGAGCUUUCUUCAUUACUGAGCGUGUUACACACAGGACCUUUUCCUGAGGCCUCUCUGACGGACACACAAUAAAGUCAUAGACAACACGCUGUACCGUUUCUUCUUCAUGACAUAAGGCCUGGAUUCAAUCUGAUUGUUGCCCGCUUAACAUUUGGUUGGAUGAAAGCUCAGUGG